UACCCCAGCAAUCCUCCGUCUCGAUCUCAACUCCCUCCGUUUCCGCCGCCUUUUACUUCGCUCUGGUAAUCCACCUCUCCCCCGACGUUUCAUCUUCGAUUUGAGGAUUAAGGGCUGGCAGCAGCCAAGUAAAAAGGUAAGUAGGCAGUUUGGCCUCAUAAUGUGUAAGAUGAGAAAGCCGAAGAAGCAUCUUUAUAUAAUCUUUGAUGACUGGGAGUUGGGAUUCAGCAUCCGCAAGAUUGAUUUGGACACUGAUCAGCUGAUACCAGGAGGCUACAAGGCACUGGAGGUUGCCCUGCCAGCUCCAUCUAUCCGCUUUAGGGCAAAGUGCAGCUAUCCCAUUUACUUCUCUGAUGCCAUUGGUUCCAAGAUCUUGGCAAUGCAUCCCAAGAAAGAGAAUGCUGACCGGGGUGCUUUCUGCUUUGAUGUCCACAAUCGGAGACUCAACUGCAUCCCGCGCCACACUGAUCAGUUCAGGUCCAUUUACCUCCCCAUUGGCGACAAGCUCUUUGCAUUGGGAACUUCUCUUUGGAAAUCCUUGACCUGCAGCCGCUGGUGGGCCUAAGCAGCCAGUUGGAUGCCUCAUCGUGGCACAAGCUCAAAGAUGUGCCCAUUGACUCUAUGUCUGUGAUCUCCCACGCUGUCCUCCCUGACAGUCGAACCAUAUUUGUCAGCAGCGAUAUAGCUACCCACACCACCCACAGCCUUCACAUGGGAGACGACGGAAGCUUCAAGUGGACAAACCAUGGUGAGUGGAUACUGCCGUUUGAUGGCUGUGGUUACUUUUGAUCUUAUGCUUGGCACCUGGGUUGGACUUGCCUUGUACAAAGAGAAACCUGGACACAUCUGCUCCUGCAGCUUGGCUUCUGUGACCUCUAAGGUGCGCCCAGCCGUGAAGUACACUGAGGAAUGUCUGUUCACCGUGGACCCUGCUGAGACGAGCAUAGGUGCAACCCUCCUUCACAUGGGACGUAGCAGCGAUUACUGCCUUGUGGAGUGCAUUGAGGUUGGCAACAAAGAUAAAGCUCCUUGCAUGUUUCUUCGAUUGACGAUGUUUUCUCUCAAGUGCAGCAAGAGCGGAGACUUAACAUUGGGUGAGAGCCGACGGGUUCGGUACUUCAAGCUUCCUAAGAAGGAAAUUAGUGAAUCAUUAUUCUUGCGUCCCCAGGCGUUCUGGCUAUAAACAAACUGCAUCAUAAUAACACCCUGUUGGUGUUAAUUUGCUUAUCUAUCAGUUCCUCUUGUGGAAGUUGGUGUUGCAUGUUAGACAAGCAGUUGUUUUUGUGACUCCUAUGAUAUUAUGCUCACGCAAAAUUAAGACAUUGUUUACUGUACUAGAUAAGUGCUUGUGCGUUGCAAUGGGGAACAUUAGAUUUACUGUA